AUGAUCUCCAGAAACCGCACCUUGAUAGAAGGCUUCAGACUUAUAGGAGUCUCUGAUGUUCCUGAACUACAAGUUGUCAUCUCUCUUCUGAUUCUUCUCAUCUAUCUCAUCUCUCUUGUUGGAAAUCUCACUCUUCUUCUACUGGUCGGCCUUGAUGUCCACCUACACACCCCCAUGUACUUUUUCCUGUCCAACUUGUCUGUCAUAGACAUUUCCAGCUCCACUACAGCAUUACAUAAAAUUUUUGCUAUCGCCUUGACACAGAACAACAUGGUUUCCACCUCGGCUUGUUUGACUCAGUUGUAUAUUUUUGGUACAUUAACCAUUAAUGAGAUUUCAAUUUUGGCCACCAUGAGUUUUGAUCGGUAUGUAGCCAUCUGUAGACCUUUACAUUAUCACACGGUCAUGAGUCGGAGACUUUGUGUUCUGCUGGCCGUACUCAGUUGGCCUUUUGCAUUCUUGGAGCUUCUUCCAACCAUUGUCCUUGUUUCAAGGUUCACUUGUUACAUUUCCAAGGAAAUCGAUCAUUAUUUUUGUGACCUUUUGCCCCUCAGAGACAUUACGUGUAGUGACACUUCACUUUUGGAUCUAUACAUUGAGAUUUUUGGCAACAUUUUUGUAUUUACUCUUCUUUUCCUUACUAUAAUUCCCUAUGUUUUUAUCAUUUUGAGUAUUUUGAGAAUAAGCUCCAGUGUUGGCAGACAUAAAACCUUCUACACGUGUUCCUCACAUAUUAUGGUGGUUAUGCUCUUCUAUUCUUCUCUCAUAUUACAAUACAUAGUAGCAAUUUUGGGAAAAAACAUAGGUUCCAACAAAAUGUUAUCCCUGUUUAACACGGCUAUUGUCCCCAUGAUGAACCCCCUGAUCUACAGCCUGAAAAAUAAAGAUGUUAAAUCGGCCUUACAACGAAAACUAAAAUGGUGA